AUGUCGGAAAACUGGUACCUUCGAGAGGAGAGCCUUGAUGCGACUAUUAUCAACGGAACUACCGAGAAACAAGACCUCGAAGACCUAGCGGAAUGGAUACGUACAAAGGGAGUUUUUGGGCUUCAAGAUGGACGUUUAACUUUGAUGAACCCUGAUAUAUGUUUGGAAUUAAUAAGAUUCCAGUCGCGACCGAAUAUUAUGAGAAACGAGUCUCCCUGGCCCGGCACUUUGCGCACCCUACGAGUCCAUCCCAACACUCAGCUUCUGUGA